UUGAGUUAGAUUUAAUAGUUAGCUUAAAGGUGCUCAGAGUUAAUACUCCAGUCAGUCCAGAUUACAUUUAAUUUUAUCUACAUGUAACGUUACAAUUGUUAUUUAUUAUUAAUAAAGCCUUUGGUAGUCGGUAGGAUUUUAAAAUACUACGACGUAAACUGAUGCCCAUGCUCAGUGACAUUUGAAAUUGCAAUUAUGAGAAACUGAGAAGUUAAGACAAACUUAAAGUUAAGUAUGACGAAAACACCAUAUUCCAUAACGUUGCUUGGCUGAAAGUGAAAGUAAGUUUAGACCUGAGUGUGACACAUGAUCAAAAUAAAUGAAGUAACGUUAGAAUAAACUUGAAAGAAACAUAUUUUCAGAAUGUCGAUUUAAAAAACACUAGUCAGGAGACACACACAUAUAUACAUACCACAUAUAUAUCUUGAUGAUGACCCAAGCACCAUUGGCCCCAAUAUACAGGGCUAUAUAUAUAGAUCAUUAAGUACGUUUUAAUUAAUGUAUCUAUAAUUAUAUAAUAGUGUUGUGUUGAGCCGGAGGCGAGUGCUCUAUGUAUCAAACCCUGACUACUAUUUAGGCAUAGUACAUGCACAACACAACACUAUUAUUAUUAUGCCGACUUUUGAAUAUACUGAUGUGCUUUGCUAGUAGCUGUGACGUUCGAGUGUUGACAAGUCCCUAAAAAUAAUCACCGGAAAAGCAAGCGUUUGUUUUUUUUCUUCAAAUUAAUUAAUUGAUUUGAUUGUUACCAUUGUACCAUUUGUUAUGUCAUCUUAUCAACUCAUUAAAAUAUAUACGAAAAAUGAUGGAACUAUUGUGCUGGCAAAAAAUGGUCCUUGGCCAGAAUUGAUUGGUCUUAGCUUGACCAGUACAUUUUUAGGCGGUUAAUUUGAGAUUUUCAGAAUGCAGUAUAACCCUCCCACAGGGCCAUAUAGCACUGGGUACCCUCAACAGAUCCAGGGCCAAACACAAGGCAUUCGAGCCCCACUUCAACCAAAUAAUCAGAGAGCCUACAACAGUAGACAAUUUGGUGUGAACCCAUCCUCAGUCCCACCAGAAAUAGGAUGGAACCUAACCGUCGCUGACCAGACACCUUCUCCCUGGGGACAGAGAAAUGUCUCACCCUGUUUCAAUCAGGCGAAUCCAUUUCAAGAUGACUUUGUUUCUAAUGCAGUACAUACCACUGCAUCAGCUAGUUCUGCAAACAAUGACAGAUUAAGUGCUAGAAGCUUGCAUAGAUCUACAGUGCUCACUCCAAAUAUUUCACCGCAAAGUUCUAAAAGUCCAUCCCCAAAUAGUUCCCUCAACACUUCAUCGUUGAUUACCCUUUCACCAAUGAAUACUCUUCAGCAAAACAAGGACACAAAAAACUCAACAUACAGCAUGGACCUGGAGGGACUUGAUUUUACCACCACCACCACAACUUGUUCAGAUCCUUCCAGUGACAAAAUGUCCUUCAGCUCCAUGACCGAAGAACCAAGUUCUAACAAACAGAAACAAGUAUACCCUGAUUACAGUCAUGUGUUUAAUGAAAUUCGUAGAAACCAAAAUGGAAGUUAUGUGCCACAGUUAAAUCCUUGUUUUCCUCAAGCCCAAACUGGAGCUUUUGGCUUGAACUAUGGAUGGAACAUGUCUUAUCUCUCAGGAAAUCAGCAGCAGAAAGUAUCUGAUACAAACAAGGGCCAACCUUCAACUUAUCAGUCUACAUUCAGGUCAAACUGGACCUACCAGAGUCCUCGUCCAGCCUACAAUGUCUGGGGAUAUGACCACAGAUUACUAAUGCCUACAGCCUCCCCUCCCAAUUUGCAAGGCUCUCUAACACAAGUGGCCAGUAACAGUGACUUUGACUCUUUACGUAAUGAGUCGGAGACAGUCGAAGAGAGUGCAGAUGUUUUUCCAGAUGACCUAACAUCUCAGGGAAAGUUUGAAGAAAAACAGCCCCGUUCAAGAACUUCAAGUGAUUUAAUAGAAUUUGAAGAACCAGAAGAGAAAGAAUACAUGUCCCUGGAUUUAUUUGAUCCUCUAUAUUCGAGGACUCGAAGGGAAUCCAUCAUUUUUAGAAGAAAUUCUAUCUCAGGGGAAGGUGAAAGACCAGACAGUACAGUAAGCGGUUUUGACUUUGCAGAAUUAGAAAGACCCCAGUCAGAUCUGUACCCUUCUCUUCAAACUGAGACAGAGGAUUCAAAAAGCGUGUCGGAGAGAUCUUCUGCAUCCCUUCAGGGUGAAUCCCUGUCAAGUGCUGAUGCACUUGAGCAAUUCUUCAGAUCUAGUCAUGUUGAGGUGGAGGAAGAAACCAAACCAGACAUUCCAGAACGGCCACCUCCACCUGCACCAAGAGCUUCUGCCAAUGAGGGUCCGUAUGAGAAACUUCACAAGCGUGUGUUUGUUGAUGAAGAAGCAGAAACCUUCAGUCAGAUGGUGUCAAAGUUGAAGUCAAAGUUCAAGUCCACAAACAUGAGUGUGAACAGGGGCUAUGUUGUGAGUGCGUUCUGUGAGAAGCAGCAGCCCCCCCUCUCUGUCAAGAUCAUUGUCCAUUCGGACUAUUCCGAGGAACCCGUUAUCUUCACCUGUGACGUGCAUUGUAACGUGGAGCAUGUGAUAGACAAUGUUAUAUACAACCAUCUCCAGGCGGAGGGCUGCAGUUCCAAGGACUUCAUCCUGAAAAUCUACGACAAGUCGGAGUAUUUACUGAACGACCACCCACUCUCUGAGUUUGAGUAUGUCCACAAUUGUCUGAAGCUGGACAGGGAGAUCAAGUUCAUCCUGCAGAGGAAACAGGACAUCCCACUGCCAUUCCUCAGAACAAUAGAUGAUGACGAGCAGUUUUUAGUGUUUCCCAAGGAUUAUGUGUCCCAGACUACAGGAUGUGUAUCGCAGACUCAGCUAGAGACUCUAAUGAACACAUUUUACAAAGAACUGGAGAGUCUGAUGGAUCACAUACUGAAGAACAAUGGCAGACAGGUACAUGUGACGGGACUGAGCCAAUCGGUGAAGGCUGUAUGUACCUUACUGGCCAACAUUCAGACCAUUGAAGUGGCCCGGUCUCUGAAGAGGGCGGAAGACAUUGUAGAACAAAUGCUAGAAAAUCAAAAGCAGCAAGGUCUGAGUUCAGCUUUUAAGGGAACACAAGAAGCUAUCAGUCUUGCCACUCACUCCUCCCUGGUUCAAGAGAUUCAGGAGGUGCUGGAACAACUGAUGAAAGCAAUCAAUCAACUGGUUAAAAUGUACUGCACUGCUUUCCAUACAGACUUCAUGCUGGGAUCACCAGUCAAAAAGAACUGGAGUGAAAAGUAUGCAACAAAAGUUGAAGAUGAUUUCAUUCUACACAUUGCCACGGCUCAUAGAAUACCUGCUGAAUGGAUUCAGAGGUAUGAUGAAUACAGAGUGGUGUGUUCACUUCAUCAUGGCAGCAGACAGAUCGGAGAGGAUGUCGUGUCUCAGACGACCACCAAUCAGAAGGAGCUUUGUGAUUGGUUAAACUGGGAUCAGUGGUUGAGUUUUAAGGAUGUGUGUGUCAACAAAUUACCCAGAGAAACUCGCCUCUGUGUUACUCUGUGUGGACUGAAGGGUAUACAGAUCACGGGGAGCCCGGAGACAGCCAGGGUGAUAAUGGCAUUGGGUGGGGUCACCAUGCAGCUCUACAACCAGAAAGGGUACCUGAUUCAAGGCAGCCAGCUAGUUCCCCUGCAGAUGAACAUGCCUGCUGAUCCCUUCAGUCCUUACUGCUCCGUCCUCGGAACAGACACAGUGUUACUGCAAGUAAAUCUGCCUGAUUUCGGAGAAGACAUUGUAUUUCCAGAUGUUCUUCCAACCAGCGCAAAUCAGAAGAGGGGAUUUGAUCAACUUUUGCCUGAAAUCCAGGAUAUUGUUCAUGGAGUUCUGGAGAAAGAUUGUAUCUCGUCAUGUCAGGCUGAUGAGCUGGAGAUUUUGUGGAGGUACCGCCACUACCUGUACCAGCAUCCUCAGCUGUUACCAUGGAUACUGCAGGGCAGCACUCAAUGGGAUUACUUCCAGCUGGCAGAAAUCAGCGGUUUGCUGCGGGACUGGUCCACUCUGGAACCCAUGCAAGCUUUGGAGCUUCUGCUGCCACAAUUCCCCGACAGUAGAGUCAGAGAAUUUGCUGUGAGCUGUUUGCAUAAUGUUAACUCAGAUGAGCUGGUGGACUUCCUACCUCAACUGAUACAGGCAUUGAAAUAUGAGAGCUACCAUGCCUCUCCGCUUGCCUGGCUGCUGCUAGAACAAGCCUGUAAAAGUGUCCGGUUUUCUCAUCAAUUCUUCUGGUUACUGAAAGGUACCGCAGCUCAGGACACAUCUUACAAGCGGCGUUAUGAGCUGAUGUUUGUGGCAUUGAUUAAUGUGUCCGGGGAUCCGCUGUAUCAAGAAUUCCGUAAGCAGGAAGUGCUGGUUAAAAUUCUAACCACCAUGGGCGAGAAAGUACAAGCAGCCAAGGACAAAGAGAACACUUUGAAAAGAGAGUCCCAGCAUAUACAGGAGUUCUUUGAGGAACGCGGUAGUUGUCUGUUACCCUACGAUCCAGGACUCUGCAUCACUGGGGUGGAUCUCAAGUCCUGUUCUUACUUCACAUCGAAUGCUGUGCCUUUGAAGUUGGUUUUUAAGAACCCUAACAUCCGAGCAGAUCCCAUUUAUGUCAUGUUCAAGGUUGGAGAUGACUUGAGACAGGACAUGCUGACCAUGCAGAUGAUUAAGAUCAUGGACAGGCUCUGGCUCAAAUCUGGUCUGGAUCUUAAAAUUAUUACAUUUGCUUGUCUUGCUACGGGACCUAAAAAAGGAUUGGUGGAACUGAUCACAGAAUCAGAGACUUUGAGAAAGAUCCAAGUGCAGGCAGGUGUCACAGGCUCAUUUAAAGACCGACCAAUCAAAGAGUGGCUACAGGGUCAUAACCCCACUGAAUUAGAAUAUCAGAAAGCUGUGGAUAACUUUACCAGAUCGUGUGCUGGAUAUUGUGUAGCUACCUAUGUCUUAGGGGUCUGUGAUCGCCACAAUGACAAUAUCAUGUUAAAACAGUCCGGUCAUAUGUUUCAUAUUGAUUUCAACAAGUUUCUUGGAGAUGCUCAGAUGUUUGGCAAUUUCAAGAGGGAUCGAGUGCCAUUUGUUUUGACAUCUGACAUGGUCUAUGUCAUCAACAACGGAGAGAAGCAGAGUGACAAGUUCCAGCUGUUUGUGGAUUUGUGUUGCCAGGCCUUCAACAUCUUACGCAAAAACGCAAACCUCUUCCUCAACUUGUUUGCUUUGAGUGUUCAUAAUACACUGGUCGAUCUGUCUAGAUCAGGAAUUCCUGGGGUUUCUGAAGGGGCAGCCCGGUACAUACAGAGGGCCCUGCUCCCCGGUCACACCCAGGCCCAGGCUUCAGCAUUGUUCACACGAAUGAUUGAAGACAGUGUACGAUCUGUGUUCACUCAGUUUAACUUCUUCAUCCAUAACCUGGGGCAGAUGAAGUUCUCCAGCCACCAGGAGGGAGCCUUGCUGUCCUUUGUCCCCAAGACUUAUAGCAUAAACACAGAUGGGAAAAUAAAAUGUGUAGCGGUACAUGGAUAUCAGAAACGUUAUCAGCCAGAAAAGCACUAUAUCUUCAUAAUUAGAGUGGAGCGAGUCAACCAAAAAGUGCCAAUGUAUGUGUUCCGUCAUUUCUCAGAAUUUCUGGAGUUUAGAAACAAAGUGGUGGAACUGUUUCCACUCACAUCAUGGCCUCCCAACCCAAGCAAAUUUCAGAUGGGACGAUCACAUAUAAAAACUGUAGCAGAGGCCAGGAAGCAGGAGAUGGAGAAAUUCCUACAUGAGUUAUGGAGAAAGGCACCAGAAGUGUGUGAGAGUGACAUUGUGUAUACAUUCUUUCAUCCUCUGUUAAGAGAUGAACAAGAAGCACAGAAAGCCAAAUUGAAUGUCACCAAACUGAAAGAGAACCAGGUGGAGUUGGUGCAGCCGCCCUCACAGUUUGGAAUGGUGAAGCUGUCCAUUCACCACAGGAGAGACACGCUGCACAUCAUGAUAAUGCAUGCCAAAGACCUACCAGCCACUACAGAACUACCUAGUCCCUAUGUGAAGACCUAUUUACUGCCUGACUCUGAGAAACAGACCAAACGGAAAACAAAGAUCGUUAAACAUUCCACACACCCAACCUACAAUGAAGUGAUUGACUAUAAGAUAAGAUUAGAAGAAAUGAAACAGAAAACUUUACAAGUGAGUGUUUGGGACCAUGAUGUUCUGAAAGAGAACAAUCUCCUUGGUGCUGUAUAUAUUAAACUACGUGAUGUGGAUGUAACCAAAGAAAUACCAAAGUGGUACCAUCUGGAGAAAAUUCAAAUAACCAGUUCCAACACCGUUUAACCACUUUACAGAUGUUUAACCAAUUUACAGAUGGUUAACCACUUACAGAUGGCUAGCUGGCUUUACCAAUGGCACCAAUUUCGGCUUGUCACUGGUUUAUGAAAAAUAUACCUUUUUGUUGAUAAAAUGUACUCAUCUGUUUAUAGUAUUGCAUUUGCUGAAGCUGUUGUGGAAUUAUAUGGAUUUAAUGCAAUAACCUUAUGGUUUUCUUUUUUGCAAUUAAUGUGUAAAGCCAAGUUUCCCACAGCUACAGUUGAUCCGUUGUACUCUAUAGUUAUUUUGUCUAUUUUAUUAUUAAUUUAUAUUUUUUUUGUUGAUUGAUAAAAUUAAUGAUCAGAAAGGUGUUUGAAAAGUUUAAUGUGCAGGUUGCAAUAAAAUCCUAGUCCCUUUGUGUGAUUGGUUUGAUCUAUCUUAAUUUGUCUUCCAUGGAAUGAAUGCUGCUUGUAUUAUAUAUGUACAUGUACUUGUGUAUCCCUUUUAAACUGCUCAACACCCCACCUGCCUGUAUAAUUUUUCACAUAUAUUUUAUCAAAUUAAUUCCUGACACAGUGCUAUUUAUUUAUACUUCCAAUCAGACAUAUAUACAUCUCUGGUGCUACAGAAAUUUGAUUGGUUUUGUUUUGCUGUUGUAAAAUUACAAAUGCAAACACUGUUCUAUUUUCUAAAUCUCCUUGACUCACUCAGUAUUGUUCUGUAUGUGUUUUCAUGUGAGCUCAUUGCUCACCUGAACAAGGGCCAAGCUGAGUUCUUCUGAUGUAAAAAUAUGUUUCAUCGGCCUCUUUUUUAUAUUGUUAGUUUGUAUACAUGUGUCACUUUGUCUGAUUUUUUAAUUCACAAAAAAUUUAUCUUCCAAGUUGACAAAAGCACCUCUACAAACCGUAAAAAAAACCCCAACAUUUUCUUACAUUACAGUUACAACAAGUAUAUGAAAAUGUUAGAAUGUUAGCAAUGACUUCCUCUAACAGAUACAGUACAGCUCAUGAUUUUAUCCCGUUACACAAGUGCAUCUUUGAUGCUUCAUUGAGGGUUGUUGGUGCUCACACUCAGGUUUCUACAGUGUACUGAAUUAAUUGAUAUGUCAGCUGUUGUUAAUUAAGUCAUUACCUGUUAUACAUUCCUUUGUAAAUAUCUUUUCAUUAUCAGUUUCAAGUUCAUCUAGUAUAUUAUGAAAAUCAUGAUACCUAAUUGUGUAUCAAGUUGUCUUUUGCAAUAUUAUUUGGUCAUCUUUUCCAUAUUCUGCUUAUCAAUUAUUAUCAAUUUAUUAUUAAUAAUUUAUUUUCAUUUCUGCCAUGCUUGGAAUGCUUUGUAAAAUCACUUACACUCAAUAAAAACAAAACAUAUACAAGCAGAUGGUAUUAAGGUAGACCCAUCCUUUUAAACUUUUAGACAAUGAAGCCUCAAAUUAUUUUCAUCUGAAUUUCUUGACCAACUUGUAGUCUAACUAAAAAGUCCAUAUUUACGUAUGUGUACACCGCUAGUGGUGAAAAAGGUAAAAGUAUACAUCUCGGAAUAGGUAGCACCCCACAAUAUAUUUUUUUGCAUAGUUUUAAAACACAUUGAAUUUCAUGUAAAUACAGCCUCUUAUGACAACUAAUUAUAAGGAUAUCAAAUGACAUAAGUCGGACAAAUACAAAUAUGAUAUCAACACAUGCAUACAAAAACUUAUGUUGAUAUGUCCUGCUGUAGUUGCCUGUUAAUGCUAGCUUUAUAUUGUUUUUUGCCAGUUUAAUUAAAUUGGAAUGUGUUGCAUUUCAUGCCUAUGAAUAAUAUUUAUACCCCCACUCUGAAGAAGAAGGAGAUGUACUGUUUUAUUGUUGUGUGUGUGUCUGUCUGUCCAUCUGUUACAAAAUUCUGUCACAUUCUUCAUCGCAGAUGAUUGAAAUUUAAACACACUCUUUGCUUUGGUAUACUGUGUAAUGGGAUUUAUUUUUGUACCAAUCAGACUUCCUGUUUAAAGAAGACUUAGUUAAAAUUUAAUCUAAAAUUUUCAUGCUAUGUUGUGGGACUCAUUUUUGAACAAAUUUGAUGCCAACUUCCUGUUAAAUGUUCACUUUGCUUAUUUUGUAUAUUCACAUCGGAGCAAGGGUAUGACAAGUGAGCAUUGGCACACAGCUAUCUUGUUUUGUUCUGAUUUAAUUGAACUGGGAAUAUACUGUGGAGUUAUUUAAUUUCAUGGGGGCCAAAUUCCAUUGACUUUUGGUGUUUUGCUUAUUUGUUGGGAUGUAAUAUCUUGAGUGCGCCGGUUUUUAAAUUAAGUAGGAAAACUGUAUAUCUUACAAUAAGUUUUCGUUGAGGCUGUAAAUUUGUGCUUGAGGGCUACCCACGAAUACCAUGAAAACUGAGCCACAACAAAUUCUAAUGAUUCCACAGUACAAUAUAUGAUCUAGUCAGAAGAAGCAAUCUUUGGGUUAAGUUGAAAACUCUAAAAAAAAUAAUUAAGUAUUGCAAUAGACCCAGGGAAGAUCAGAAUUUUUGGUUUGUGUUUCACUGAACAUAUAAGAGAACAGAACAUCUUUCACAUUCCUUUCUUAAUCAUAAUUUGAAGUUUUUAUUUUGAAUACUGUAAAAUGGUAUUUAACUUGUAUGGUAUUUGGUGGAAAUUGAUUUUUACAACAUAUUGGAGCACUGUGCAUCUAAAUGCAUUUAUUUAAAUGCCUACAUGCUUGACAUUAAGCUAUGUUGCAGAAGUGGCUUUGCACCAUAAACACACACACACACACACACACAUAUGCAGCUAAUUACAGUAACUGGCUGCUGUAGGAAUCGUGAUUUACAUUGUGAAGUCCAUUUUACCUUUAAUAUGUCACUAUCCUAUCAGUUUGGCCCCAGUAGAUACACAUUUCCUGUAAGCCAUGGUGCUCAGAAGGAUUCAAUUACUGUAUACAGUGUUAUUAUCGCCCUGUGUAAUUUUCGCCCUUCUACACUUGCAAACAGUUUUACCCCAUCUUGAAUAUGCCCAGACACAGUUGUGUUUAAAGAAAGAUAACAUGAAACAUUGACAUUCACCCAGUCUUAAAUUUGCCCGCUGGUAACAAGGGCAAAAGGGGCAAAAAUAAAACGGGGGCGAAUAUUUCCCUGUAUACAGUAUGUUUAAUUCAUCAAUCAAGUAGAUAUUUAAAUUGUUCAGUUUUUCAGCAGUCCGCUGGGUGAAUUACAUCUAUCAUUCCACCCUUUACACUGAGGAUAGAAAGCUUCUUUGAUAUUUAAGAUUUCACAGUCUCUUUUGUGAUAGUUUACAAACCAGGAUUAAAAUUUCUUCGAAAAAUUUAGAGGAUUAAAGAUAACGGACAUUAAAUAAUUUGUGGUUGCCAUUUUCACAGAUGGCCGAGUCUUAAGGUUUGCUUUUGAAGAAGUUACAGAUAAAUGGAAUUAUUAAGAUAUGAAAAAAUGUCAAAAUUAUAAUAUAGUUUGCAUUUGUGUAAAUACGAAGUGUUGUGGUAGAAAUUGUGCUUAUGAAUUUUUGUAAGAGAGGAGAUGCCUGCAGGUCUAUAGCAAAGUCGGAUGGCGCGUGACCAACCAGAAUUUUUUCUCUAAAACUACAGAACCUGCAGUUAGAGAGGAGUACACAUUUAUAAGAUGAAAUGAUUUAUACAUGUAUUUAACCUUCACAUAUUGUAUAAAAUCUAUCAUGUUUCUGCAAAGAUAGCAUUUGUUUUGUCAUACAACUUUACAUUAUUUUGUUCAUACUUGAAUGUAUGUUCUCCAUCUGUGAUAAAAUACCAUAUUGAAUAAAUACAUUUCUCAUUAA